AUAGAGACCCAUCAGCAAAAUCCGGUACAGAACUAAACCCCCAAAAAGCCCUACCUCUGUUUUGGGCGCCGACGAUCUCUUUACACUAAAACUUCUGCCUCCGUCAUGGCCUCCUUCGCCGCCAGGUCAGUCCUGCGCUCCGCCACUUCAUCUGCCAGAGGCGCCACUGCCAGAUUCUCCGCCGGUGUCAAGCCUAGUACCUCUGCCUCCGCCUCCGCCUCUGCAUUUCGCACCCCAUCUCAAAAACCCCUAUCCGCUCGCAUUUUCAGGUCGCCUGUGGAGAUGAGCUGUGUUGCGGCGUCGAUGUUGCCCUACCACACUGCAACUGCCUCCGCGCUGUUGACUUCCAUGCUCUCCGUUGCUCCACGAAUCCACGCUUGGAAUAUUGAAGGGCUAAAAAGGACUAGAUGAAGGUCGUGAAAAGGAGGGUUGUGAUAACUGCUCAUUGGCUGAGUAAGGAUUGAAGAUAUAUUCCAAAUUUCUCAUUUUGUUUCUUCUUAAGUUUGUAUUGGACAUAGAUAACAUCUGUGCUUUUUUUUUGUGUGACUUUUGGCUGCAUGUAACAAAAACAAUUAUCAUUUCGACUACCAUCAGCUACAAUUUUUCUUUUCCUUUAUCACAGAUGGGUGAUUAGGGUUUCAACAUGCGGUGGUGAGUUCACAUGUAAUACAUACUACUGCCAGAGACUUUUUUUUUCGCCUUUACUGUGGUCAGAGUCUGAAUGUUGACCCACGAAAACAUUUAAAAUAUAAUUUUCCGAGAUUCGACGGCAGGAAUGCAUUACAUCUUAAAGUGUGUUUGGGAUGAGGCGGUUUUUAAAUGUAUGUUAGGUUUGGCGGACUUCAAUGGCUGUGGUUGAUUUAUCGAAUUCAGUAAUGUUUCUUUGUUAUGA